AGCCCAGUGAGCGCAGAGCGGUGGGGCGGAGCGAGCCCCGGCCAGGCCUCCCGCAGCUCCAGCUCCAUCCCGAGCCUCGCUGCGCCGUCCGCACUCACACACACACCCGGCUCCGCAUCCGCAUCCUGCCGCUCCCAGCAUGGUCAUCAAGGUUUACAUCGCCUCCUCCUCCGGCUCCACAGCGAUUAAAAAGCAGCAACAAGAUGUGUUAGGCUUCUUGGAAGCCAACAAAAUUGAGUUUGAGGAGAAGGAUAUUGCUGCCAAUGAAGAGAAUAGGAAAUGGAUGCGUGAGAACGUCCCUGAAGACAGCCGGCCAGCAAGUGGGAACCCCCUGCCCCCCCGGCUCUUCAAUGACAGCCGGUACCUCGGGGACUAUGAAGCUUUCUUCGAAGCACGAGAGAACAAUGCAGUAUAUGCGUUUUUAGGCUUGACUGCACCACCUGGUUCAAAGGAAGCUGAAGCACUGGCAAAGCAGCAAGCAUGAAUUUCAACUGCCUUAAAUGUUCUGUAAAGGGAAUUUCCACAGCUUUUUAUAAAAUAGUACAAUUGUCUCUGCUUCAAGAAACGUAGAUGUGAUUUCUAACAUUUGAUUGGUGCUUGCAGCAUUCACCUAAUACAAAUUUGAACACAAGAUGACAAUGUGAACAUAAAGUUAGAGAGCACAGAGGGUGUUACUGCCAAGUUGGAAGCAUAGGAAUGAAGCAAUUGGACAUGAAUGAUUUUCACCUAAUUCAAACUGUCUUGGCAAUUGGUCCAUUUUGUGUAAACUUAAAGAAACUAUUUUAGUACUAAUAAUACAGAUGGGGUUGUACCUAGGGAUUCAAGUAUUUAAAACAUGGGAAACAGCAUCUAAAACCUUAUCAGAUCCUAACUUUAGUGCCUGAGUUGCCUCAAAAAUGUUACUGAAUUACACAGUAAUUUUUCAGUGUCUUUUCUGGUUUCAGAUGACAUUGUAGAUGGUGUUGUGUAGUGUAGCCAUUGUAGUCACUUCUGAAAGUUGUGUUUGUUCUUUUGUAGAGUGGAUGUUUAAGGUUUGUAUUGUAACACACUGUACAGGUGGUAAAAACAAACAAGCCAUGUUUUUCUCAUGUAAGUGAUCCACAUGGGCCCUUAUCACAAAGAGGGAUUUGGGCAAUGGAUGGCCUUUCCAUUGGCAAGUUCAUCACACAGCUGCCUAAGCACAACUCCAUUACACAUCCAUGUGCAAGGUCCAAUGCACCUCAGUGACGACUGCGCUAAUCCCCAGGCACUCCUGCAGAUAAGCCAAACCAGCCAGAAAUGGCAUUUCCUUACCUGUGUAAGGGUGAAAGCCUUUAAUGUAUUUCUCUACAACAAUACCAGUUCACACUGCUUAUAGCAUUAGGCAUCGUAUUGCAUGUUCAAGUAGUCAUUAGAUCCAUAUAGUAUUUUUUCAAAGGAGGAAAUAAAUGUUAGAAUAUUGUAAUUAAGUCAGACUUCUUUUUUUAAGGUUUAAAAUCCUUUUUUUCCAUUGUUAUUGCCAUAUCAUGAAGCUAUUGCAGCAAGUGCAAAUCCAUUCAAGUGUCUUGUAUUGGUGCAAUAUUAACCUGUCUGUCCUCCCAGUGUUCCAGAGAUAGACUGUAUUUCUUGGCCAUACUCUGCAAAGAUACAAAUGAUUACAAGUGCCCUGAAGGGUGAGAAACAGGUUUUGAAAGUGUUCACUACCACUAAUGAUUUCUGUCAAUGUCUGUUAGAAUGCAGCUUGUUGCUGUGGCUGGAGAGCAGCUCUGCAGCCAGGCAGCUCAUGGUGAAACCUCUGCUGGAUCUAGCAUGAAAGUGAGUUAAAGUGAGUUAAAAUGACAUUUCAUUCAUGUUUUAUCUCUUCUGAAUUGGGAGCCUGGGAGGUCAGUCUCAAGCUUGUGCUUACCUAAGCAAGCAGAGUACCAAAACAGGGAUAGGUUAAUGUUGCCUUCACACACCUUUGUGCUUCUUCACCAGCGGCUUCAUCAGUAAUUCUGUUAAAUCAUAUUUCAGUAAUUACUGAAAUGCUGUGAAAUGUAUUUCUAAGACUGUUUGAGGAUGGAAGUUAGGUUACGUUUUAAACCCAGUGUCUCAUUUCUGUUGCUCAGUAGGAUUUCACCUGUCUGAACUGAGGUGAUUUUUCUUUCUUAAUAUUGGCACCAUCUUUAUGUCUCAACUAGUGUUUAAGUCUAAAUGACCUUUUGAGGAAGUAUGGAAGUGAAGUCUUGUGAAGACAGUGGAAUUUGACACGCGAGUCACUGUGGUCAUGCCUGUUUGCUGUGUUUCCUGUGCAAGGAAAGUAAUGGUGUAAGUUUUGUCAAUUGCAGUCGUUAUUUUGUGGAAGGUGUAAUUGAGAAUCUCUGCCAAAUUCUGACAGUUCAGUGACCCAAAAUGUGCUGAAAUGAGGUUUGUCUCUGCUUCUGAUGGGCAAGAACAUCGCCAGGUUUAAGAAAGCAAAGUCACUUCCCUCGCCUGGUCCCCCAGCCUCACCAUAUGGUAGCGUUCAGACUGUGUCAGCAUUCCUAAGAAAGCUCUGUUGAGACAGCCUGAAUUGUUUCUUUGUCCAGGGAGCAAGGCACCAGCACAAACAUAAAAACACUGAAAAUAGCUCCUUGUUGUGUAUAAAACCUGCAUUCAUUCUGAUGCAGAUCUCCUGCAUGGGUUUCAGAGUGCUGGGAGUCUGCUGCCUGUUGGCUGUUUCUCUGUACUGUACCUGUGUUGGGUUAACGAUGGGCACAAGAAUGGAAUUUGUUCAUUUAUCUGUUGUUUUUCUAUGUAGAAGGCAGACAUUGAGGAGUUAACGUGUAUAUUAACCAUUCCUGUAUCAUUCCAAUAAAAUUGUUUUAGAUUGCUUUCUCACACGA